AUGACUGCCGCCCUCAAAGUCUUUGUGCGUGAUGCGAAGGUCUUCACUUCUCUCACUGCGCACUUCCUGCCCAAAGUCAUUCCCUAUCAACCUAUCUGGGACCCCCGUGACAAUCACGAUUAUUCUCCUGAUGACAGUGAAAGGCCACUCAGUCCUUGCUGGGCGUAUGCAUCGCGUCCAUGGUUUCCUGUCGUGCCUUUGAACCCGAGCUUUGAUGGGCCCAUCUUCGAAUGCCUGAACCACACCAGGUUUUCUCUCCGCACAGAGGUCGAUGCACAGGGCAAGCACAUACUUCAUCGCGACAUCAGAGAAAGAUGGUACGAGCUAGAGAAGAAAUUGAUCUGGUGCCAGGAGCGUUUGGGUGCCGGGAUGUUCGUUCCGUGGGGGACUACACUUCCACCCCCUCCACAUACAUUUGGGUAUCUUCGUUCACACGAGAAUGCCAAACUCGCUGUAAAGGUCGCGCAACGCAUUUUUAUGUACGUCGAUUCCUAUCCUCAUUGCACUGCGACUGAUAUUUUUCUAGUAACUGCCGCUGCCUGCACAUGGCACAUUAUGAGUCGCCGAUAUCGAGGUUCCAAUCGCCCCUGGAUGUCUGUCUUGACCGAUGACCGCGAGUGCCCCAUACCGGCUGAAUGGGUUCUCGAGUUAUCGUGUUCGUUUGUGGGAGAUCUGUCGGCCAAUGUUCAACGCACCGGAGUGUUCAUCUCCUCCAUCCACUGCCCUUGGGAAGGGCAACUGCCCAUGUUCGAACAUUUCUCGAUCCCAAUAUGGGUCCUCUGCACCGAGGGCGUGUCUGUCGUUGACCCUAUGUUGCGUAGCUAUAUUCCCUUCCGGGAGGCUGUCACCUCUGCGACCGAGGCCCUACAAUGGGGCCAAACACCAGCUGGCGGAGAAAUGCAACCGGAGCCUGUCUUCGCAUGGGGCGAUGUAGAUUCCUCAUGGGGUCACGCUGACAAUGGGUGUCAGAGCGGCGGAGAAAAUCAACUCAUCUCACUUGAUUCCCAAGAAGAGGUGUCUCCCGUCCUUCUGUUUCCGGAGCCCGAACGCAACAGUGGACAGUUGCGAGGAGAAGAUUGGCAGGUGUUCUUAGCGCGGCGCCGCGAGGGAAAUAUGAAAAGAGAGGAGAAAGAGGCAAAAAGACAAUACUUUGAACUCGAGCCUGAAAGUGCGUAA